CGUCUCUUGAACCCAGAAACAAACCCUUACUAUUAUCUAAAUAAACCAACCUCUUUUUUGCACUUCGAUUGCUGUAGAAAUCCCUGUACAAAAACUAUUGUUUUGUCGCUUUCCAAAGGAUGGUUCAGUGGUUGAUCUUGCUAGUGCAAAGGUAAGAUCAACAAGGUGCUUCAUUGUAUCCUACGGGCAUUUUAGGUUACCCCUUUUGCAUACUAGAUCUAGUGGGGGGGAAAUUAGCCUAAAGGAAAGUGGCAUUGGCAGCACGCCUUGAAGCCGUUUGCAGAUUUUCUACCCUAUUUCUCCAAUAGACGAUGAAGGAGUUCUCUGACCGACUGAUGAAGGUGGUGAACAAGAUAAGAUUACAGUGGGAAGAAUUGUUUGAUAAGGCAGUAGUUGAGAAGGUUCUGGUGAGUCUACCAGAGAAAUUUGAGCACAAGAUCCCAUCCUUGGAGGAUUCCAAAGAUCUGUCUCAAUUCUCCUUGAAUGAAUUAGUCAAUGCUUUGCAAGCCGUGGAGCAAAGAAAGGCUUUAAGGCUUGAAAACAAUGUUGAAAGAGCAUAUUUGGCAAAUGACAGAGAUAAAGCAAUAGCCAAAGAUGAUGACAACAAGCAGCUCGGUGAUUAAAGAAACCGAGAAAAGGAAGGGUAUCAAAACAACAAAAAGGAGAGCUAUGCAUCUUGCUCUCAUUGCAAAAAGAAAGGCCAUUCCGAGAAAUAUUGUUGGUUUAGGCCUGGAGUUCAAUGCAAAAAGUGCAAGCAGUUUGGACAUGUUGAAAGGGUCUAUAAAGAAGGUUCAGAUCA